CCGUCAUGACGUUACAUCUGCGUGUAGUACAUCGUGCAGUGUUAUAUAUGUGUACUCUUAACGGUGGUGUAUGUGCGGUGGUGUAAUCGUGAGUGUAGUAACGUAAAGGUGUAUUGUACGAUUGAGUUCUGCAUGAUUCUGAGUGCUGCAUGUGAUGACAGAGCAAUCGUAGGCUUCCAUAAAUAUGAGUUCUACGUACGAUUUUGAACCGCUCGAAGCAUCUGUGCGAAACGUAAUUCAGCAACAAUCAUUGCGAUGGAUCUUCGUCGGUGGAAAAGGAGGUGUUGGCAAAACAACGUGCAGCUGCUCCCUUGCAGUCCAGCUGGCAGCUGUACGUGAAAGUGUGCUUAUCAUCUCUACAGAUCCUGCACACAAUAUAUCCGAUGCAUUUGAUCAGAAAUUUAGUAAAGUUCCCACAAAAGUCAAAGGGUUUGACAAUUUGUUUGCAAUGGAAAUCGAUCCAAAUGUUGGAAUUACAGAGUUACCAGAAGAAUAUUUCCAGGGUGAAGCCGGUGUUAUGGGUGGUGAGGCGAUGCGGUUGAGCAGAAGUGUUAUGCAGGAAAUAGUCGGUGCUUUUCCAGGGAUAGAUGAAGCUAUGAGUUAUGCUGAAGUUAUGAAGCUGGUUAAAGCAAUGAACUUUUCAGUUGUUGUAUUUGAUACCGCACCUACUGGUCAUACAUUGAGAUUGUUGUCCUUUCCACAAGUUGUUGAAAAAGGUUUAGGAAAAUUAAUGAGACUAAAAAUGAAGAUCAGUCCUUUCAUAUCUCAGAUUGGUUCCUUGCUGGGUAUGUCAGACAUCAAUGUUGAUACAUUUUCAAACAAAAUGGAAGAAAUGCUGGCAGUUAUUCGCCAAGUCAAUGACCAAUUUCGAAAUCCUGAACAAGCAACUUUUGUCUGUGUCUGCAUAGCAGAGUUUUUGUCCCUCUAUGAGACAGAAAGAUUAGUUCAAGAAUUGACAAAAUGUGGGAUUGAUACUCAUAACAUCAUUGUAAACCAAUUGUUAUUCCUGAAGGAUGGAGACGUUCCUUGCAGACUAUGUCAAGCCAGGCAUAAAAUUCAAGAUAAACAUUUAGAUCAGAUUGCAGACUUGUACGAGGACUUCCAUGUGACUAAAUUGCCUUUGUUGGAGCGCGAAGUACGUGGUGUACCUGCUAUAAAAGAGUUUUCCACAAACCUGAUGGUGCCGUACAAGCCGUAACAUUGGAAUCAUUGUCUUUCUGUACAUCGUAUUGUAAAAAUUGAGCAAUAUUUUUUAUGAGUUGUAUUCGGAUGAGUUUCACAUCAGCUUUUUUACCAAACUUACGCUGGGCAAUGAGGUUGAGCACGUACUUUGAUAAGGUACUUUUGGAUACUUAUCUUGUCGUGACUCUCAUAGCAACCGUACAUGCGCUGACUUUAUGUUGACCAUUGACACUGUAGUAGUUAUGUCUAAUUCGUUAUUGAACUCCUUUUCAUGGCGGACAUAAGUUCGAGUGCAAUCGGAAAUGUACAUUAUUUGUCCUUAAAACAAUUAAUUAAUAAAUUACCACACCAAAUAA